CUGACGUACGAUCCAGCAGCCCCACUCCUUAGCUGUAGGUCAGGCCAAGGUAUCAAAGUCCCUGACGAAGAAAUCGCUUCAGACAGUCUGCUUCUUCCUCGCAGAAAGAGCCAGUCUGUGAAAAUGAAGGUGUUAAUAUUCACCGCGAUCGCGGUAUUUUUCGUCCAGUCGGUUCUAACCGUCGACGUUCACGAGCACAAUAAGGUAGUGUGUUACUGGAACAGCACAGCCUUCGAACGGCAAGGACCAGGAAAGUUCCAGCUCGAGGACGUCCGUUCAGCGUUGUCCCUCUGCACCCACCUGAUCUAUGGAUUCGCUGGAAUCAAAAGCGACACAUUCGAAGUUGUCCCACUGAAUCCGAACCUCGACACUGGAGCAGGGUACUCUUAUUACAAGCUCGCCACCCAGCUGAAGAAAUCCUUCCCAGAGCUGAAGGUGUACCUCAGCAUCGGUGGGAACGCUGACCCUGAGGAUGAGACCCACAAAUACCUCGUCGUCACAGAGACAUCGGAAGCCAGGUCUAAGUUCAUCAACUCGGUGAACCGAUUGUUCAACGACUACGACUUUGACGGAAUCGACUUAGCCUGGCAGUUUCCCCCAGUCAAGGUAAAGAAGCAGCGCGGCACCUUCGGCUCCCUGUGGCACGGCAUCAAAAAGACCUUCGGCUAUGGCAAGUUCAAGGACGACAAGGAAGACGAGCAUCGCGAUGGUUUUACGAUCUUGGUCCGCGACCUGAAGGCUCAGCUCAGACCCAGGAUGAAGGCCCUGACCAUCGCUGUCCUUCCCCACAUCAACAACAGUGUGUACUUCGAUGCAAGACUGCUGGCACCCAACAUCGAUGCUGUUCAUUUGUUCACCUUCGACCAGAAGACACCUGAACGUAAUCCUCAGGAGGCUGACUACCCAGCACCCAUUUACGAGAGCUAUGGCCGUGGGACUGAAGACAACGUCGAUGUACCAACCAGUAUAAAUUCUUCUUCAAGGUAUUGGCUGGAGCAUGGCACCCCAGGCUCCAAAAUAGUGGUGGGAAUCCCAACUUACGCUCGGACAUGGAAACUCACUGCUGACAGUCAGAUAUCAGGGGUACCACCCCUGGUGGCCGAGGGUCCAGGAGCCGAAGGACCCCACACCAACAUACCAGGCGUUCUCUCAUACGCUGAGGUGUGUUCCAGACUUACAGAAAGUGCUGUGGGUCGUCUGAGACGCGUAGGAGAUCCUUCGAAAAAAUAUGGCAGCUAUGCGUACCAACCUUACGACGAGACCACCGGUAACGACGGAAUUUGGGUCGGUUACGAGGAUCCUGACACAGCUGGCAACAAGGCUGCUUACGUUAAAGCGAAGGGUCUUGGUGGUGUGGCCAUUUGUGACCUCUCUUUGGACGAUUUUCGUGGUGUCUGCACUGGCGACAAAUUCCCCAUUGUCAGGGGUGCCAAAUACAAGUUGUAAAAAGUCACUAGACACUGGAGUGACCUAUUUUGGUUAGAAUUUGAAUCUAACGUUAUGUCAAGUUGAUUGAGAAGCUUCUAAGUUCCUUUUGGUAGAUUUUUGUAUUAUGGUGAAAAAUGAAGCAUUCAAUAAGUCGAGGUUACCAUUCUUCUUGUUUGUUAAUUUUAAAGUUAUCUUAGCAGUGUAAAUUGGCAUGGAUCAUCACCUUCUGUGUACUUGUACCGAUUUUUUUAUAUUUUUAAGAUAGAUCAUGCGUUACGUUUUAACGAUCGACGAAGAUGUAUUAGAAGUGUUGUAUCAAGAAUAAAUGUAUGUACUUUUUGAAA